AUGAGCGCUCUGACCCAAGUGGUGGAGGAAUUUGUGAAGUUUGCUCGAGAUUUCGGCCAAUGCAUGGUCGAGGAGGUGGUCGACCCGUGGCUAGAGGACGAGUAUGGUUGCAGAUUCAGUGCCUCCCCUGGGAAAAUGACGGCUUCGCUAACGUGCACAAAGCUCGAUCCUGAAAGUGCGCGUCGCCUUGCAGCCUCCGACGAGACGGGAUCCUGGGCCCGGCGCUUUGGAUAUGCUUCCGCACGAGCAGCCCGCGAUGCAGAGCCCGUCCUGUACCGACUGGGACAGCCUGGAGAGCUUGGGCUUGGCCGGCAGCUCUUGGGCAUAGGCUCUGCGGAGGAGCCGUCUACCAGCCAGCUGGGCUGCAGAGAGACCCAGUACUGCAAUGCCGGAGCCGUCCUCAGUGUUGUCGCCAGCAUCGACUUCAAGCCGAAGGUUUCCAUUGACAUUGAUACCACCGCAAGUACUGCAAUAAUCGGUUUGGAGGGAGACGUGACUGGCAUAGCUGGUCUCGGUGUCCUUGCAGGUGGCUCCUGUACUUACGAGAAGGAGCUCUUCUUUCCAAGCGCACCGAAGCCUGUGGCCACAUAUUGCCUGUAUGCAGUGUGUGUCACCGUGCUGAUUCAAGGCUCCGUGAAGCUGGCGAUCGAAGGAGAGUUGCAGGCCACGGCGAGCGCGGAGUACCACACAGUCUACAAAGUCGGUGGCCAGGCAACUUUGGAGCUUUCGCCCGACAACCUCGAUCAGAGUGCCAACGCGGCGAUUACUGCAGACCGUGUCAGCGACCACUGGAGCCUGAACGCGGUAGGUUCGAUGUCGGCUUCAAUCUCGGUAACGGUGGGUCCCGUCGUAACAGUGCUCGUGGUCCCCGGCACCUUUGCAACGUUGCAUCCUUAUGUCAUGGCUCAAGCCUCUCUCUUUGGCACGAUGAAGUUUGAGAAAGCUUCAGCCAGUGAGGUCCCUGAGGGCAUCACGCCUGUCUCCUGGCCAGUUUCCUCUGAAGCCGGGGAAGGAAACGACAAGUUCUGGCAACGCCACCAGUGGACAAGGUGCGAAACCUAA